GCAGAACAACCAUGGCCAGAUCCACCAUCGCCUUUCCUGCGCUCCUCCUCGCGUGCUUCGCGCUGCUCAAGCUGGGAUUCGCUGAACAUGUUCCUCAGCCGGCGCCGGGUUACGAUGACUCCCUCGAGCUUUGCAUCAAGAACAUGACCGAAGAAUGCGGGAUCGAGAUCUUCCAGAACAUUGUUCACAAGGGCCCCCCGAUCACCGACGCUUGUUGCAGCGUUCUGCUGAAGUUCGGCCAUCCUUGCCACUCUGAGCUUAUCUUGGCUGUCCUCAGCACCGGUAAAUUCGCGCCUCACGAAGCGGAGAUCUUGCAGAAGAGCGCCGCCGCAUGGAAGCGUUGUCGCUCGAUCGUCGAAGGACACUGAUUGGCCAUGAUUUAUUGAUCGUUACGACUAUCUUUACGCAGUGUUAAAUUUGCGGAGAUGGCGAUAGGGGGAGAGGGCUUGUUAUUCCUUCUCUGUU